GUACCAGGCAGGCAGGCAGGACUGAGGACCUGGGGAGAGAAUCGCAGAGUGAAUUGUCAGGAUACCUCUUCCCCAUUGUCAGGAUACCUCUCUAGAGGGACGUGAGGGCUUCAUCUCCAUGCUGACAGCCAUGAAGCUAGUCCCUGGUGACAUCGCAAAACGGCUGGAGGAGAUGGUGCUGUUGACGGCUCAGAAUCUGCCCCAGGUGGAAGUGGCCAGUAGUUACACCAUCCUUCGGGAACUGGGCAGCGGCUCUUACGGACACGUCCUGAUGGCAGUCCACCAGUGCCGAGGGACCCCCAUGGCAUUGAAAUUUGUGCAUAAAAAAGACACGGAGCUGCAAGAUUUCCUGAGUGAAUACUGCAUUGCACUGACCCUGGGGGCUCACCCAUGCAUUGCCAUGGCCCUCGGCAUCGCCUUCCAGACCCCACAGCACUAUGUUUUUGCACAGGAGCUGGCCUUGGCCAAUGACCUCUUCUCACUCAUGGUGCCACAGGUUGGUGUGCCUGAGCGGCGGGUGAAACGCUGUGCUCUUCAGCUGGCAAGUGCCUUGGAGUACAUGGAGACCAAGGGGUUGGUCCACCGUGAUGUCAAGCCAGAGAAUGUGCUGUUGUGUGAUCCCGAGUGUCGUCGCAUCAAGCUGACUGACUUUGGGCUGAGCUGCCCACAGGGCCACCCCAUAGAGGCUUUGCCGGAGAGUUUGCCCUACACCGCCCCUGAGUUGUGCGUCCUGGGCCCCGAGGCUCGUCUGGAGGCCAAGCCCAGCCUUGACACGUGGGCCCUGGGGGUGCUUCUGUUCUGCGUGCUCACAGGCUACUUCCCCUGGCUCACUGCCGUGCCUGCUGACCGGCACUACCGCAGUUUUGCCUGCUGGCACCGCAGCCCUCGCUUUUCCCCACGGCCACCCCACUGGGAGUGUUUCACACCUGUGGCACUGGAGAUGCUGAAGGGGCUGUUGAUGCCCAACCCCGCGCACCGUAGCCCGGCCAAGGAGGUAAUGAAUUACAUCAAAGCUCCUUGGUUGUUGCCAGAGACCCCAAGCCGGCCCAGGCUCAGCAGGGACCACCUUUUGGGCACCAGUCGGCGGUGCUGAGAGACAAGGCCAAAUGGACAGAGAAGGGAAAGGUUGGCAAUUAUUUCUUUGCUGUAAUCACUGAGGGACCAAAGAGACCCAUCACCAAAUUGGACACCUCCUCCACCCUGGCAAUGAAGAGGCACCCUCAAUCCAGCCUUGAAAACAAAGAAAAGGCUAUGUCAUCCUCAGAAAGCUAUGCAAACUGCCAGAAGGACAGGAAAGGAGAAACGGGCUCCGUGGACCAUUCUCUCCGAUGUGACUUCGUCUUAUCAGGACAGCCUCCCCAUCGACCCAAUUCCUCAUCCUAAGUCUGUCAGAGAUUCUAGAUUUCAGCCUCUCCUUGGUCAGCAGAUGACUAUAUUAUCCUUGAAAAAAAAACCUAAUGGAAAGGAAUCAAGUGGGGCUGCAUUUAGUGGACCCAAACACCUUGACACUUCCUGCUGGGUCAGAUGGACUGAAUUUCCAUCAACCUGCUUUCAGAUGAACGGGAUGGAAAUGAAUAGCUUUGCCUCUGCAACGACAGUCAGAAUGAUUAAGCCUCUUCCACACUGCUGCAUGAACCCAUAUCCACAGUCAGUCUUGCUUCAACUUUGGCCGUGGACACUGAUGGGCAUUCAAAUGGCUCUGAACCUCAGCUGCCUUGGAAUGCCACAAGACAUUUUAUCUCGAGUGAGAGAAGAUGACUGCAAAAAUGGUUUGCCUGGACUCAGAAGGGGUGUGUGUGUGGAGGGCUAACCGGGAGCAGUUUGGCUCGGACAGAGCUGCCGAGAGCUUUGGGAUUGACGUCUCCGGAGCUCUAGCCCAGGCUGCCUGUAUUACCUGCUCCAUUUGUACAUUUGUAAAUAAAUAAUUAUUGUGAAAUUAAAA